AUGGGAGAGGGCCACGGAGACACUUUCGAGGGGGUGAGCACAGACCGCCUGAAGCUGGAGCUGCUGGAGGAGAUCCACAUGAAGGAUGUCGUGCAGCUCUCGACACUUGAGAUACGGCAUAAGAUAGCAGAGCUGGAGGCCAGCCUCAGCGGUGACAUUGCAGGCAGCGAGUGGAAAACCCGGUACGAGACCCAGCUGGAGCUGAAUGACCAAUUGGAAAAACAAAUCGUGUCUCUGAAAGAGAAAAUGGAAAAGGUCCGUGGGAACCCUUCAGAUAGACUGUCUUCCAUUCGUGUCUAUGAGAAGAUGCCGGUGGAAUCUUUAAACGUGUUACUUAAACAACUAGAAAAAGAAAAAAGGAGUCUGGAAAACCAAGUGAAAGAUUAUGCACUUAAACUGGAGCAGGAGUCAAAGGCAUACCACAGGACCAACAACGAGCGCCGUUCGUACAUCGCAGAAAUGACUCAGGUUUCUGGCUUAACUCAAGUAUCCAAGAGGCAACAGAUGGACCCGCUGCCUAGAAUGAAGGAGAGUCCGGUGAAAACUGGAAGACACAAUUCCGUGAAUCAGAAGACAACAAAUGCCAAGAAAGGACCAGUUAAAAAGGUUUCAAGAUCAAACCAUCUUCCAAAACUCAACCCGUGA